CAUCUCCGUUCCCAAAGCAGUCGAGUUUUCUCCGAUGCAGACCUGAGCAGUGAGCGCCGCUGACUGGGGGCUGCUUCCUGAGCAUUCGACGCUUCACAAUUGCGUUCUCUCCACAUUGUUACCGCCACGUCUGCUGCUCUACUCACGCUGCGCCUCGGACGCUUGAGGCGAGCGUCGAAGGGUGUUGAACUUCAGCUCUCGAAUAAUAAAGGCUCAAGCGGAGGCUUGGCAUUCAAACUUUGCCCGCACGCUGAAAUGCGAUCUCCCCGGUCAUGUCUUGUCUAAGUGGAUCUGAGAGACAACAGAGCCACUUGGAACGUCUGGCGAAGAGUUGUCCAGGCUCGACUGGCCCUGCUCAGGACUGGUACCUCAGGCGGCAAAGCGAAUGCCACUUUGAAGCACAUCUCUCGCGUCAUUGGAGCUCAUUAUGAAGAAGUUACAGGCUCAACGAGCUUGGAUCAAAGCGCGGAGCCGACACAUCAGCGCUUUGGAGGCCCAUUCGCAGGACAAUGCGCGACGUGAUAACUGAAGUGCAUUGUUUUUGAUGAGCAAGACGAGUCUCUUCCUCUGUCCACUACCAUCGCCCUCUCUAGCAUGUUCGCCAACCAGCUCCAGUCCUCCUCUUUCUCUCCUGCGCGCACCAGGAAGGCCGAGUGGCCGCUGUGCGCCCUACAAUCCGCAGUAGCUACCCAACACAGUCACCGGCCCGAAGAUCUGUACAGGCUUCGCUCCCUCCGGCCCAAACCGCGUGCUACCAGUCCAGUUGAGACCCUCGUCGGCCCGCGCAAUUUCACGCUUCCGUUCCACUUCUACAAUCCACCAUCUGCCAAGCGGAUCAUGGCCGCACUGCGGAACCGGCAGUGCCCCAUGUACAUACGCGCGGUCAUGGCUGGCCCACAUGCGAUGUACAUCGUCUGGGGUGGGCAGCAAGGGAUGGAGACGUACAAAGUUAUUGUGCGCAGAAAGGUGCUCGCGACUCCGACGCCUGCCUCCGUGCGCAAACCCCGAGUCCUCCCGGUGGCCGUCCCGACUGCCGGAUCGACUGCUACAUCGAAGGUCGCCCCAGCGCUGGCCCUAGCUCAGUCCCGACAAGCCCUCCUCGAUCUCGCCGCCAACUCGCGGCCUGCAGUCGACGGCGCUCGACGCAAACACCUGCUGGAUACCGAUCUCCACCAGCGCAUUCGCCCCUUGAAAGUUGGGCCCCCAGGCUCGUUUCAGCAUGCAGAAGUCCAGGCGUAUGUGUGGAAACACAGGCCGUCGGGUCUUUCCAACGUGCUUUACGCAGAGGACACAAUCUGUGUCUCGCCGCUCGUGGGCAACCUAGACCCCGCUGCCGAAGCAGUGACUGCCUCUGGUUCACUGAAGCCGCAAGUUUGGCAGUUUACCAGAGUUCUGAAGCGGUUGUAUGAUAGCGUCUUCAAUCCACAGGAUGCUGUACAAUCCUCUGAGUCGCAUGACAUCGUGUCGGAGCGGCCGAUGAAGAGGAGGAGAUUGAGCUCUUGCUGAGGGACAGCUGGGCCCUCCGAGUAGAAGUACUACGGUUUUCUCCUUUCGGUUUCCCAUGCAUCGUGUAUAUUGCAGUCCUAAUUCUCGAGAUCUUGUCCCGGACUUCUGUAUAACUGUAGCUCUCACCGCUGUCUAGACUCAUGCUCGGAUCUUCUAUAGCAGGCGGCUCUGAGUACUUGGAAUCGAGGGUGAAAUCGCU